AGUAAAAAGAAAAGAGAAGUAUAAAAUAGUGGAUGAUGAUGGUGUAUAAAACCCUUGAGAGAAGAAAGUACUAUACAAUUACAGUUACAGUGAGUGAACCAAGAGAACUUUAACACAAUCACAGAGAGAGGCACAAACACACACACACACAAAGGUUUCUUCCUACAAAUUUGAAUCAUGUCUUGGUGUACCAUUGAGUCUGAUCCUGGUGUAUUUACAGAACUUAUUCAGCAAAUGCAAGUGAAAGGGGUGCAGGUUGAGGAGCUGUAUUCAUUGGACCCCGACGCUCUCAAUAGCCUUAGGCCUGUAUAUGGGUUGGUUUUUCUUUUCAAGUGGCGCCCAGGAGAAAAGGAUGACCGUGUUGUAAUCAAAGAUCCCAACCCUAACUUAUUUUUUGCUAGCCAGGUAAUUAAUAAUGCUUGUGCUACCCAGGCGAUCUUGUCUAUUCUUAUUAAUUCACCGGAUAUUGACAUUGGUCCAGAGUUGACAAAAUUGAAAGAAUUUACUAAGAACUUUCCGCCUGAGCUCAAAGGUUUGGCUAUCAAUAAUAGUGAGGCCAUACGUACAGCCCAUAAUAGCUUUGCAAGACCAGAACCUUUUGUCCCUGAAGAGCAAAAGGCUGCUGGCAAAGAUGAUGAUGUUUACCACUUUAUAAGCUAUCUACCCGUUGAUGGAGUAUUGUACGAGCUUGAUGGAUUGAAGGAGGGUCCUAUCAGCCUUGGUCAGUGUGCUGGUGGGCAAGGUGAUAUGGAAUGGCUUAAGAUGGUGCAACCUGUGAUCCAGGAACGCAUUGAAAGGUAUUCGCAAAAUGAGAUAAGGUUUAAUCUCCUUGCAAUCGUCAAGAACAGAAAAGAGGUGUAUACUUCCGAGCUGAAGGAACUUCAGAAGAGAAGGGAGCGAAUUUUGCAGCAGCUGGCUGCAUCAAAGUCUGAGAGACUGGUGGACAAUAGCAGUUUUGAUUUACUGAACAACUCUCUCUCUGAGGUGAAUGCUGGGAUUGAAGCUGCUACUGAGAAGAUCUUAAUGGAGGAAGAAAAAUUCAAAAAAUGGAGGACAGAGAAUAUUCGUAGGAAACACAAUUACAUACCCUUUUUGUUUAACUUUCUAAAGAUUCUUGCUGAGAAGAAGCAGUUGAAGCCCCUCAUUGAGAAGGCCAAGCAGAAAACAAGCAGUUCUCGGUGAACAAGGCUGUCAGCUUAUAGACGAGGAUCACCAUAUAUAUCAUGUUGCACUUGAUUUUAUAUUUAGCAUUUUGUUGAGUACUGAUGCACAAGCUUUUUCCUAUCCAAGGUUACUCUACCCUGUUUAGUAUA